AGAGCAUAAACAUAUGAACCUUGGCUUCUUCUUUCUUAAUCUUGAGAUAACAUUCCAUUCACGCCAUGCUUCAUUGCUUCACCAUGCAGAUUCUUCUCUUCUUCGGUGCUUAGCAAUACCGUGUUCCUAUAUCUCAAUGCUCCAAUGCCAUUCACGGCUUAUUUCUUUGUUCGAAUGGAUUGAAUCCUGCACAUAAUUUCACUGUGUAUGGAACACUAUGGAGGCUAAUUAGAAAUAUUGGUGUUAAAUUGCGAAAACUCGAAAAGAACAUGGCUACAGCUACCAAGGCUGAAAAGAAGGCUGCAGUGGAUGCAGCUGCAUGGGUGUUCAAUGUUGUCACCUCUGUUGGUGUUAUAAUUGUCAACAAAGCUUUGAUGGUCACUUAUGGCUUCAGUUUUGCUACAACAUUAACAGGUCUUCAUUUCGCCACGACAACUUUGAUGACAGCCGCACUAAAGAUGCUAGGAUAUGUCCAGCCGUCUCACUUGCCAUUGUUUGAACUUCUAAAAUUUGUGUUCUUUGCUAACUUCUCUAUUGUUGGAAUGAAUGUGAGCCUAAUGUUGAACUCAGUGGGAUUCUACCAAAUUGCUAAGUUGAGCAUGAUCCCUGUAUCCUGCCUAUUUGAAAUUGUUUUCGACAAGAUUCGGUAUUCAAGAGACACGAAACUGAGCAUACUUGUUGUCCUUAUUGGUGUCUCUGUUUGCACUGUAACUGAUGUGAGCGUUAAUUCAAGAGGAUUCAUUGCUGCCUCUAUAGCAGUAUGGAGCACUGCUCUGCAACAAUAUUACGUUCAUUAUCUUCAACGGAAGUAUUCGCUAAGUUCUUUCAACCUUUUAGGACACACAGCACCUGCUCAGGCUGGAACACUACUAUUGAUAGGCCCUUUCCUAGAUUAUUGGUUGACAAACAACAGAAUUGACAAGUAUGCUUUCAACUUUGGCUCCUUGAUGUUCAUAGUUAUGUCAUGCACCAUAGCAGUUGGCACAAACCUCAGCCAAUUCAUCUGCAUUGGGAGAUUCACUGCUGUGUCGUUCCAAGUACUAGGACACAUGAAGACAAUACUUGUUCUAGUGAUGGGAUUCUUAUUCUUUGGUAGGGAUGAUCUCAAUCUCCAUGUGAUUCUAGGAAUGGGGAUUGCCGUGUUCGGAAUGAUAUGGUACGGAAAUGCCUCAUCCAAGCCCGGUGGAAAGGAGCGAUGGAGCCACGCUCUCCCCACCAACAAAACAGAACCACGAUGAUACUAUGAUUGUGAUUUGUUGGUGAAACCUGAGCUCACCAAGAAAGAAAGAAAAAGAAAGAAAGAGAAAUAUAGAUAGAUAGGUCCUUGGAAAGAAUUUUUUUUAUUUGAAAUCAGAACCCCUAGGGGUUCUAAAUUAUUUCAGCCCGAUUUUUGUAAUUCUUUGAAAUUUCUUAGUUUUGGUCUCGGUGGAUAUUUCCUUGUAGGUGCAGGUUCCCUGCCAUGAUGAAACAAAAUAUUUAUUAUUCCGUUUAGCUAAUAAAUUCCUUUUGAAGCCUCA